UCACAUUACGGAAUUCCGAAGGUCAAUAGAUAAAGAUUUUAUAGUAAAUUACAAAUUAUAUUACAAUUUUGAGUUUUUAUUAUCUUAAGUGAAAUUUAUCGUCUAGUUCUCAUUGUGUUAGCUGCGGUUUCUAACCUCAAACACACGUAAACGAGUUAAGUAAUGUACCAUACGACUCGGUUUAUUGUUUAGACCGCUGUGUAGUGUUUAAAGGCCUUACUACGAUCGUGUACUAUAGUGUAAAGGUCGUAGUGUUUCGCAAGGUUACCAGAGACGCGUAAUUUGGUGAAGAUGGGAAAUAAAUCUUCUUUGUUAUUAAGGGAAGAAGAAAUUGCGCAGAUACAGGAAGAAACUGGCUUCACACCUAACCAAAUAGAGCGACUGUAUUCCCGGUUCACAUCUCUGGACAAGAAUGACUGCGGAACCCUCUCUCGAGAGGAUUUCCUGAGAAUCCCAGAACUGGCUAUCAACCCGCUGAGUGAGAGGAUCGUCCACUCCUUCUUUACUGAGAGCCAUGAUGACAGAGUCAACUUCUUACAAUUCAUGAGGGUGUUGUCACACUUUAGACCAAUCAGGAAGAAUAGAGAGAAUAAAGGGAACAGCAGAGAAGAGAAGCUUCGAUUUGCUUUCUCCAUGUAUGACCUGGACAAUGAUGGCAAGAUCUCCAGAGAUGAGUUGCUUGCUAUUCUCCACAUGAUGGUUGGUGCUAAUAUAAGUGAAGAGCAGCUGUCGAGCAUCGCGGAGCGCACGAUCCUGGAGGCGGACACCAAUAACGACCAGAUGAUCGCGUUCGACGAGUUCUGCCGCGCGCUCGAGCGCACCGACGUCGAGCAGAAGAUGUCCAUUCGGUUCCUCAACUGACCUCCAAACUCCUGAACCAUAUACAUCAAGUAUAUACUGACCGUCAUCCUAGUGGUCAUCAUUUACGGGCUUCUAACUAAAAAAUAAGUUGCUCCAAAGGACUAUUUUAUUAUUAAAUUAUUAAUGCUGUCAAUGUUUCGAAGGAAACAGUGUGAAGUGUGCUCGGUGUUGCCGCUUGCGGGGCGCGAAUGAGGCUGAUUGUAAAAUGUCAAUUAGAUGUUAGGAUGGGUCGAUUAAGCACCAAAAUAAAAUCGAUUAAAUACAAUUUCACAUUAGAUGAUAAUGAUUAUCGAUGCAUGGGUGGUACUUCGUAUACCGGAAGUCAAUAUCAUUCCCGUGAAUGCAAAAAAUAUACCAGAAUCUUUUAUCUUUUUGCAACUAUCCAGUUAGAACUUAUGAAUGUCGUCAACUUACGUAAUUCCUAACUGGAUAUUUACAAAAAACAAGAUUGUAGGAUUCUUUCGUGUUCUACCCAGAAACGAAAGAAAAUUCUAGAAUGUUCCAUGUUAUAUUCCGGUGUCGGUGAAGUGUAAGUAUAAUGUGAAUCACGGUCAUGUGAUUGGCUGAUGUCAGAUGGUGCGUACUGUCACUUCCUAUCUUAAAACACCAAUAGAGAUUUCCAACCAGCAAAAUUGGGUAGUUUCCUAGAUCAAAGAUAAAUUAUGAAAUUUUGAUUACUAAAUAAAGACAGAUAUAAAGGUGACAAAAAGUUUUAUUUUUUCUAUUUAACUUAUUUAUCAAAUUUAAUAAAGGAAUAUGUAAUAAUAAGUGCGACAUUUUGUCACGUUUUUCUAUGACGUCACAGAUUACUGUUCAUAUAAAUUCCAUAGUAAUUUCGUGUUUUGACGUUUAGUAAAAAGCAACUGAUUUGACUAGUUGGAAACUACCCUAUUAAUUAUGGAUAUGGGUUUAAACUUUCUUUAAGGAUAUGGUUUUGGCCUGGUGAAGUGUGGGUACUUGGUUCAUCUUGCAAUGGAUGUACCUUCGACUACUCCAAUUGGGUGUGUAUAAGGGUGGUAUUAAUAAACUAAUCUCAGCUUCGAGACUGCCCUCAAGAUCAUGUCAAUGUGACAGUUCUCAUAUAAAAACAGAGACUUGAGCAUGAUCUUGAGGGCAGUCUCAGCUGAGAUUCGUUUAUUAAUACCACCCGUAGUGACCUUGUGCUGUUUUAAACUUUAAAUAUACUUUUGCGAAAACCUCGAGUAGCAUUUUAUCACCAUGACAGUAGACAUGUUGGCAGCAAUAUACUUUCCAUUGUUUCUUUAGAAACAAGAUUUAGUAUAAUUUGUGUAUAUUCGUGAUAUUUGUUUUGAUAUUGUUAAUUUGCCGCUGUUUAGACUUAAGUUGGACGGAUUGGUAGUAACGGUUGUAGCCUAAUGUUUUUAUGUAUUUUAUGAAGGAAUCGUGUAUAUUAGAGCAUUUUAAUCUAUGUAUUUUGUAGCGUAUUUUGUGAAUUGAUGUAAUAAUUUUAGCCAUUCAUCAAGAAUUGAAUUGAAUUGUAAUAAUUUUGGAAUUCUGUUCUUCUUUCGUAAAGCCCCUAGGUGAUUAUUAUCCUUAUAAUGAUAGCGUCAGUUAUUCAAUGACAUUUGAAUAAGGUACCUGACCGACUGCUAGAUAAAAGCGUAUAAUACAGGAUGCUAAUGACAUCGUAUCGAAUACUGAGGAGGAUGGUGGUAGUGGGGGGGAGAUUAUUUGUGUGUCAGGAUGGUGUGAGAUGUCUGAAUAGUCACGAAAUGUGUACGUAAUAACUGUACCUAUGCUCAUGAAAACUGUACCUCAAGCAAUUCAAUAUUAAAUAGAUAGUGAAAUAUGCACGCCAUCCUGACGUCAGAUAUCAAGUGCGAAUAUUUUUUUUUUCAUUGGCAGUUUCAUGAGGUACAGUUUAUUGAAGUAUGUUUCAGAUCAUAGUUCCCACACGUUUGGGCAAUAUCCCACUAUGCGCGCCAAGCUGACGUCAGGAUGGCGUGCAUAUUUCACUAUCUAUUUAAUAUUGAAUUGCUUGUACAGUUUUCACGAGCAUAGGUACAGUAAUUACGUACACAUUUCGUGACUAUUCAGACAUCUCUCACGCCAUCCUGACACACACGAUUAUUUCAUGAUUCUGAGUUCAAAACACAAACAUUUUCGUGAGUUUUGCGACGGUAUUCGGUACGGUGUCACUAACACAGUAAAACUCCGCAGUGAGUGCAGAAUCUUCAAUCAGUAAGUGCGUAGGUAUGUCGUAGCCUAUAUGCCCUUCAUGGUCAUCUGAUCCCACAUAAAAAUCGUCCCGCGGGCUGAAUGACCCCUUUCGAUUUUUUGCGUGGGUGAGUCGUUCCAAUAUGAGCCAUUUCAAAGGCGUUUGAUAUCCAUUUCACCAAGGUCGAUGAAGUUGGUCAUUGACCCCAACUCACGCGAGAGAAGAAUCAGUGAGCUGUUAAUGAAAUCCUCUCUCGCUUAUUCGUCGCUGACAAUCGGACAGGUGCCUUUAAUAUCAUAAUAUCUAUCAUACUAACGUUAUCAAUGUAUCUAUCACUUCCGAGCUUUCAGCACACUUGUUAACCAUAGGAUAAGCUCUUUAGAGAAGUGUAUGAAUAGAUGUUGUUACUACCAAAAGUAGGUGUAGCAAAACUAAUGGACAUUUUAUUGUACUUAUAUUUAUUGUUUGAAUUGAAGUUUAUGUAGAUGAAUAAAUCAAUUAUUUUUUUGUAA